AUGCAAUAAGAGAUUACAACAAUCCCAACAAAAAUCUUUAGAAAUGCAUAAUGGAUAUCUAAAAAUUUAAGUGUAAAUAAAAGAAAAAGUCCAAAUUAUCCUUGUAAAAGAUGGGGCCAUACUGCUGUAUUACAUGAUAAAUACAUGUAUGUUUUUAGUGGUUGUGGCAAAUCAGACAAUGCCAAAUAAUGGGAAUUAAUCUAUCGUAUGGAUUGCUUAACAUUUUAAUGGGAAAGAUUAACUAGUCCUUCUGCUAAUCAUCCAUCUAGUAGAGAUUCUCAUUGCUCAAUUUGCCUUCAAAAUAAGCUGUAUUUUUUUGGAGGGUCUAGUAAUGAUUUCAUUAUGGGUGAUUUUUGGAGCUUUGAUAUUGAUACAUCAGAGUGGACAGAAAUAUAAGUACCAAAAGAUAUGUAAGCAAGAGAGGGACAUUCAAUGGUUGCUUUAUCAUAGAGAUUAAUUUACAUAUAUGGUGGUUGGGAUUAAGUAUAGAAUACUAUGACAGAGUCACAUUGGUUAUAUGAUGUAAAAACUAAUAGAUUUUUAUAAAUAACAAAUUUUACUGGAGAUGAGAUGAUAAAAUUAGAAAGUCAUACAGCAAAUAAGAUUGGAGAGAGUGUUUAUAUAUUUGGUGGUUAAGGUUAAAUGUCAUAAAAGCAAUUAAUGUUUUAUAAGGAUUUAUAUAAGUUGGAUUUUGAGAAUAUAAAUGAUUUACAAUAAAGAUUUGAUUAAUAAGAUUUAUUAGAGGACAAAAAGUAAAAUGUUGAAAAUAAUAUUGUUAUUAAAAUUGAGAAAAUAAAACCAAAUGGAUCAUAAUAACCAACACCUCGUGCUUCUCAUUCUGCAGUUGUUUAUGCUGAUAGAUUUCUUUUUAUAAUAGGAGGGGAAGGGUAUAUUGAUUGAAAUAUUAAUUAGUUAUUAAUAUGAUUAAUAAAAGGAUAAUGAGGAAGAAGCAAUAGAAUAGGAUUAAGAAGAUAAUUUUUAGAAUGUUGAUGAAGAAGAAAAACCUAUUUAUCCUAAGAAUGAUAUUUGGAUAUUUGAAACUAUUAUGAGGGUAGCAUUUCUUAAUUAAAGUUUUAGACAUGGAGUAAAUUAGUACCAAGAUCCAAGACUCCUAUAUUUUAGCCAAGAUUUUCACAUAGUUGUAUUGUUUUUAAAGAUUAAUUGAUUGUAUUUGGUGGAUUGAGAAGUAUGGGAGAAGUUUUGGAAGAUAUAAUGGUAUUACAUUUAAAAGAUAGUGAAAAUCAUUUAUAAAAGUUUUCAAGAGAUGAGAUGAAGAAUGUUUGUAAAUAUUGUUAAUUGAUAUAUGGUAAUUAAUAAGAAGAGGAUAUUUCUUUUAAUAAAGUAGCAGAAAAUAAUGCUAUUCGUUAACCAAAAUUAUCUUUGACUUUUAUUGAUGAGUAAUUUAUUUAUAAUAUUUUAAAUAUAGAAUUUCAAAACUAGUUUAAUCACCUAUGUCUUGUUUUGGAUUGUUUUUAGACAAUGCAAAAUUAUCUGAAGCUUCUGAAUUAAAAAUUGAAUAUGCUUAUCGUCUAAAAAGAAAGAAGUAUUAAUAUACAAAUGAAGAUAUGUAAGAGAAAAUCCCAUUAAUAAUUUUAUUUGAAAAAGAAACUAAAGAUUUAGAAGAUUUAAGUGAUUUCUUAUUUAAUUUUGAUAUUCCAAAGAAGAAAAUAUGUUUAAAUAAAUAAGAUUAUGAAUAAAUAACAAGAAAUGGAGGAGAAGGUUUAAUAUAAGAAGAAUAAUAAUAAUAUAAUAAAAAAUAAUAUGCAUUAAAUUUUAAAAUUGCUUCACUUCGAUUAGGUGAUAGUGUAUUGAUAUGUCAUAAAUCAUAGAAUAAUUAUUAUGUUGGUUUUAUUUCAAUGAAUAAUCUUUUAAAUCCUAAUGAUGAAUCUUUGACAUUCUACAAUUAUACUCUUACUAUUAGUAGUGAGAAAGAAAGAAAAGUAGAUUCUCCUGAAAGUAAAUAUAUUUUAUUGAAUUCUAUCACUCAUCUUUUAAUUGAAGAAGAUUUCAUAUUAAAUUGUAAUUACAAUUAUACAAAGAUUUUUAUAUUUGAUCUUGCUAAAAUACAUUCUCAUCAAAAAAUAUUUGAAUUAAAUCUUUAAAAUGAUGAUAUUAUCUCAAAUACAUAUGCAGCUUUUGAUCUUAAAAAGGAUGAAGCUAUUAAAUAUCCUGAUUAUUCAUUAAAAGAAUAUAUUAAAUUCUAUUCCUUAGAUUAACUACCAUUUAAGUUAUUUAUAAAUGAUCAACCAUAAAAUUAUUCAUCUAUUAAAAAUAGAAUGGAAAACAAAUUCAAAGUUAUGGUGGGUAAUGAAAAAUUAGUUAAUAGAUUAAAUGAAUGCACUGAAGCAUAUGGAAUUUGUAGACUUCCCUAAAAUAAUUUAGGGAUAUUUUUAUAUUACUAAGGUAGAUUGAUUAAUAGAUACAAAAAAUCUUUGGGAAUAUUUUUAGGAAAUUAAGAAUAUAGUGGAUAUUUAAAUUUAAGUAAAUUCAUCAAACCUAAUUUAACAUCUGAAGUAUAAUUUUAUUUAUAUUAUCAUUAGGGUUUUUAAAAUUCAUAUUUAAGAUCAAUUUUAUUUCAAUUACUAGGAUCGUUGGAAGAAGAAUUAGAACCAGAAAGAAGAAAAGAGAUUAAAGUGUGA